GGCGUGGCUUUCUCCCGGCGGCAAUUAAGGCUGAACUUUGGGUGAACUAAUUGAUGCUGGGCGCAAGGUAAAGUGGGCAGCGACCUGGGGUUAUAAAAGGGGGCCCUCGGCGGGGCCCGGCCCUGCUGCUGCUGCUGCUGCCUCUUCCCGACCCCAAGGCAAAGCCCGGCGCCGGCAUGGGCUUCCUGGCCUCCCUGCUGACCAGCGCCCUGGGCACCUUCGUGCUGCUGCCGCUGCUGCUCUUCCUGCUCUCGGUCAAGCUCUGGGGCCUCUACUGCCUCCGCGGGAGAGACCCGGCCUGCCCCCUGCCCCUGCCCCCCGGCAGCAUGGGCCUGCCCUUCUUCGGGGAGACCCUCCAGCUGGUCCUGCAGCGGCGGCGUUUCCUGGAGAUGAAGCGGCGCAAGUACGGCUUGGUCUACAAGACCCACCUCUUCGGGCGCCCGACGGUGCGGGUGAUGGGGCCGGAGAACGUCCGCCACAUCCUCCUCGGGGAGCACCGGCUGGUGGCCGUCCAGUGGCCCGCCUCGGUCCGCACCAUCCUGGGCUCCGGCUGCCUCUCCAACCUCCACGACGCCCAGCACAAGCGCCGCAAGAAGGUGAUCAUGGGGGCCUUCUCCCGGGAGGCGCUGGAGCACUACAUCCCGGCCAUCCAGGGGGAGGUCUCGGCCUGCCUGGGCCGCUGGUUGGGCGCCUCGGAGGAGGAGCUGCUGGUCUACCCGGCCGUCAAGCGCCUCAUGUUCCGCAUCGCCACCCGGAUCCUGCUCGGCCUCCGGCCCAAGGCUCCCCCGGAAAAGCAGGAGGAGCAGCAGGAACAGCGCCUGGUGGAGGCCUUCGAGGAGAUGGUCCGCAACCUCUUCUCCCUCCCCAUCGACGUCCCCUUCUCCGGCCUCUACAAGGGCCUGAGGGCGCGGGGGGUGAUCCACGCCCAGAUCGAGGAGAGCAUCCGGGCCAAGCUGGCCGCCCGAGGGGAGCCCUCUUCCUCCUCCUCCUCCUCUUCCAAGGACGCCCUGCAGCUGCUGAUGGAGCACACCCAGGGCCCCGAGGGAGAGCAGCUCAGCAUGCAGGAGCUGAAAGAAUCUGCAACCGAGCUGCUCUUUGGUGGGCAUGAAACAACCGCCAGUGCUGCUACAUCCUUGAUUAUCUUCCUAGGCCUUCACCACGAAGUGCUACGAAAAGUGAGAAAGGAAUUGCAAGAGAAGGGAUUACUGAGCAAGCAGAGCCAAGAGAAGCAUUUGGGAAUGGAAGUCUUGGAACAACUGAAAUACACUGGCUGUGUCGUCAAAGAGACUUUGCGUCUGAGCCCACCUGUUCCAGGAGGAUUCAGGGUAGCACUCAAGACAUUUGAGCUAAAUGGAUACCAGAUCCCUAAAGGCUGGAAUGUCAUUUACAGUAUCUCUGACACCCACGAAGUUGCUGAGCUGUUCACUAACAAAGAAGAAUUCAAUCCUGAUCGCUUCAUGUCUCCUUUCCCGGAGGAUGUCUCGCGUUUUAGUUUCAUCCCUUUUGGAGGAGGCUUGAGAAGCUGUGUGGGCAAAGAGUUUGCCAAAAUCCUUCUUAAAAUCUUUACUGUUGAAUUGGCCCGGAACUGUGACUGGCAGCUUAUAAACGGACCACCGACAAUGAAGACUGGCCCUACUGUGUAUCCAGAGGACAAUCUACCUACAAAAUUCACAAGUUUUAAUGGUCAGGUCUAAUGAAUUCAGUUAAAAUCAUGCACAAUGGCUUUUUAUAGUGCCCUAAAUCCAAUAUUAUAUAUUUAACUUUAUGAAUAUGUGAUAGAUAUUUAUGUGUUUUUUUCUAAGAAUAUUUUUAAAGGUAUUUCAUGUAUAAACCUUGGUGUGUUUUUUUUUUAAAAGCAAGCACUAUAAUUAUGGGUCCUUGGGAUUCAUAGUUGGAUAAUUUUAUUUCUAUAGAAAUAAAGUGUCCUACUAUUUAAGAAUCAUUUUCAAAGUUUGUUAUUAUUUUGAAAAUAUUUAAUGAUCUGUGUGCUUUACAUGGGUAUUCAGACAUAUGCUGACAAGUAAAAAAACGCCCACAAAAACCUCUAAAAGCUUAAAACAAUAAAUGUACAUGUACAUGGUGAACCAAAAGGUUAUAAUGUGGCAUAUGUAAAAAUAAA